AUGCAGAAAAGAACUUCUGGCUCUAGGGCAGAUGUUACUCGAGCGUCGACGGCUGUUGACAACCAGCCGCUGACCCGAGACGAGUAUCUACAACAAAAUGUAGCGACCCAGCCUAUGUCCUUGAACUCCGACCGCGAGGCGUGGUCCCAUCGACAGAGAAGCGAACUCCUAGAGCUCGACGGGCGUGAGUUUACCUCCUGGACCGAUACAUAUGCGCACUGUCAGGCCUACCACGCCCAACCCGAUGAUCGUUACGGCCGUGAUGUCGACGAGACCCCAGAGGACCUGUUUGAGGUUUCGGCGCAUGAGGAGGAGGACGAGCCGCCUCGUUCCAGGCAGGAUUUAGCAGGGCGCGCAACAAACCGCGACCCUGCCACCCACCUCCAGGACCCGGACAAACUUGGAGAACGCGACGUCGACCGUGCGUACGACUGGACCCCGCAUAUGGACCGUAAUAUGGACCUGCACAUUACCCCGGAUUACUGGAAGGAGGCAUAUCCGCGGAUCCUGCGCUACUUGAAGCCCGAUCUAACGCUUCCCCUAGCACCUGCAGGCUAA